AUGAGGAUUUCUACUAUCAUCUCGAGCUCUUUGCUCUCCAUUGCCGUCUCUGGCGCCCCUGUCGACCUCCCCAAGCUUCCAAUCAAUCUUCCCAGUCUGGGUGUGCUGCCUACCGAAGUGGAAACUCUUCCUGGCAAAGUCCCCACCGAGUUCGUUGCUACGCUCCCAUCCGGACUUCCUGCUGGCGUCCCUGCUAUGCCGAAAGAAACGUCCGAUAACAUGGAGUUGCCCGUCGUCAACCUCCCUGUCAGACGUGCUGACCUUCCCGUUGUGAAUGGUGUCGUCGAGAGCGUCAAAAUUCCCAACCUUGUCUCACUCCCUACCCUUCCCAAGGCACCGAUCUCCAACGUCAACCUCCCUGUCAAGCGUGCCGACGCGCCGAUCGUUGAUGGUGUUCUCAAGGAUGCCACUCUCAUCGGCGAUGUCGAUCCAGAAGUAAUCCUUCCUCUUCCUGUCAGCACUCUUCCUGUCAAGACCGGCCUUAUCAAAAAGGCUGCUGAUCACAUCAUCAACGCGCCUAUCAACGCGCCUAUCAACGCGCUUAUCAACGCGCCUAUCAACGUUGAUGUCGAUGAUCUUGUCGAGGUCGACCUUGCUACUGUCGCAGUACCCACUGUCCCUGCAGUCAGCGUUCCUGUGGUUCCAGCUAUUCCCCAGACCGACCUCGCAUCUCGCGACAUCAGCCAGUCCCUCCCUGUUGUUGGCGGCGCUGAUGUUCCCCUCGAUGCUGGCAAAAUUCAGGUCGGCACUGUCGACAAGUAUGUGGAUGGCCUCGUUAAGGGCAUCAAGGUCGAGAGUCUUCCCAAGGUCACUCGCGAGAUUGAGCAGAGCCUCCCUGUCGUCGGAGGUGUUAAUGUACCUCUCGAUGCCGGCAAGAUUCAGGUCGGCACUGUCGAUAAGGAUAUCAACAAGGUCAUUGAGGGCAUUGCUCUCAAGGACGAGCCUGUUCUAGAUGUCGUCAAGAACACCACUGUCAAAGACCUGCCUGAUCUUGGCCGCCGCGAUGUUAAGCAGACCUUGCCUGUUGUCGGAGCUGUUGAUGUGCCUCUCGAUGCCGGUGAAAUCCAGGUUGGCACUCUUGACACAUAUGUUACGGAUGUUGUUAAAGGCACCAAAACUGGCCUCUAA